GCCGCGCCCGCCUUCUGCCGUCCGGCCCCGCACCGCACACCGCACACCGCACACCCGGACGAGCGCGCAGCCGGGCCGGACUCCCCAGGGCGCGCGGCCCGGGCCGCUCCCUCCGACCAUGGGGGCGUCGGCGCGGCUGCUGCGCGCGGUCAUCAUGGGGGCGCCGGGCUCGGGCAAGGGCACCGUGUCGUCGCGCAUCACCAAGCACUUCGCGCUGAAGCACCUCUCCAGCGGGGACCUGCUCCGAGACAACAUGCUUCGGGGCACAGAAAUCGGCGUGUUAGCCAAGACUUUCAUCGACCAAGGGAAGCUCAUCCCAGAUGAUGUCAUGACUCGGCUGGCUCUACACGAGCUGAAAAACCUCACUCAGUGCAGCUGGCUGUUGGACGGUUUUCCAAGGACACUUCCACAGGCAGAAGCCCUGGACAGAGCUUAUCGGAUAGACACGGUGAUUAAUCUGAACGUGCCCUUUGAGGUCAUUAAGCAGCGUCUCACUGCUCGCUGGAUUCAUCCCGCCAGCGGCCGAGUCUACAACAUUGAGUUCAACCCUCCCAAAACCGUGGGCAUUGAUGACCUGACUGGAGAGCCUCUCAUUCAGCGUGAGGACGAUAAGCCAGAGACAGUUGUCAGGAGACUGAAGGCGUACGAAGUCCAAACAGAGCCGGUCCUGGAAUAUUACCAGAAAAAGGGGGUGUUGGAAACAUUCUCCGGAACAGAAACCAACAAGAUCUGGCCCUAUGUCUAUGCUUUCCUACAAACAAGGGUUCCACAAGUAAACCAGAAAGCAUCAGUUACUCCAUGAGGAAAAGUGCAUAAAACCAGUAAGAUGAGCAGGGGCUCCUCGUCCGGAGCCUGCCAUGUAUGAGUUUUUUUGAAAAUUGUAUUAGUUUCAGUUGUACUGAUUUUAUUCUGGAAAUUAAGGAUAUGUCCAAUGACGAAGAUUCAUGUUUCCGUCCAGUGUGUUUUAUCCACUUAUCUUCUAUGGGCAUGCAAUUAAAAAAUAUCAGAUAUGUCUUCACUUCUGAAAAUUUUUCUAAAGGAUAAUUAAAAGAGCAAUCGGAAAUAACGUAAGUUUUGUUCAGAAGAGCAAGUGAUACAAAUUUUAUUUCUCUGGAAAAGCUAAUAAAAAAAAUUCCACGUCACUCUGAAAAGUAUCUCAUCAGAGAAAUUUGCAUAGACUGUUGCCCAAAAAACGGCAUCACUAGCAUUAUGGUACAUGGUUUUUU